AUGGCUGGUCUCCAGUUACAGGGCAUUGCUUUGACCUCGAGUGUCCUCUGCUGCAGAACUGCAGACUAUUUUGAAGUUUGGUCCAACCACCUCCAGAGUCUCAUUAACUUUGGUUUUUGUUUUAAAUUCUUUCCCCCUCCAACAGUUUUCCUUUGCCCUGGACUGCUAAAAGGAGUAUACCAGAGCGAACACCUGUUUGAAUCCGACCACCAGUCUGGUGCCUGGUGCAAAGACCCGCUGCAGGCGUCUGACAAGAUCUACUACAUGCCUUGGACGCCUUAUCGGACAGACACACUGACGGAGUACUCCUCCAAGGAUGACUUCAUCGCUGGGAGGCCAACCACGACCUACAAACUCCCACACCGAGUGGAUGGCACAGGGUUUGUCGUGUACGACGGGGCUUUGUUCUUCAACAAGGAGCGAACCCGAAAUAUAGUCAAGUUUGACUUGCGGACAAGGAUAAAAAGCGGGGAGGCUAUCAUAGCUAAUGCAAAUUACCAUGACACCUCUCCCUACCGCUGGGGAGGCAAGUCUGAUAUAGACCUGGCCGUGGAUGAGAAUGGGCUAUGGGUAAUCUAUGCAACAGAACAAAAUAAUGGCAAAAUAGUCAUUAGCCAGUUAAACCCUUAUACAUUAAGGAUUGAAGGGACGUGGGAUACUGCCUAUGACAAGAGGUCAGCUUCUAAUGCUUUUAUGAUCUGUGGGAUUUUAUAUGUGGUAAAGUCUGUUUAUGAAGAUGAUGACAAUGAAGCCACAGGGAAUAAAAUAGACUACAUAUAUAACACUGACCAAAGCAAGGAUAGCAUGGUGGAUGUGCCCUUUCCAAACUCCUAUCAGUACAUUGCUGCUGUGGAUUAUAAUCCCCGGGACAACCUUCUCUACGUAUGGAACAACUAUCACGUAGUGAAGUAUUCCUUGGAUUUUGGCCCGCUGGACAGCAGAACAGGGCAGGCUCACCAUGGGCAGGUUUCCUAUAUUGCCCCACCGAUCCACCUCGAUUCAGAUCUGGAGCGACCACCAUCUAAGGGUGAGUCAGAGGUGCAGUCUCCAUGCAUGUGCGUUGUGAAAGGGCCAAGUACAUGAGUAUAUAUCAUUCAU